CAGGCUGUUCCCUGAGCACGUCCGCCCUCUUUGUCCAUCCCAAGGGCACCCUCUCCGCCUGCUGCGGCUCCCAGGACAGCCCCUGCGGUUCACUGGAAGCAGCGUUAGCAAGCAUCCCUGCUGCUGGGAAUGGGAGUGGGGGUAGCAACAGCAGCAGUGGCAGCGGUGGGAGGUGGUGUGGGCAGCAGCAGCCGGUGCUGGUGGUGAAGCAUUUAAGUGUGCUCAAUGGAGUCACAACGGGGAGUGGGGGCUGCCUGCUGUUGGAUGGGUACCGUGCAGUGCUCAGGUGUGUAUUGCGGUGCUGUGCGGUGUCGCUCAGUGUCUCUCUUAGCAGCAGCAGGGUGCGGGGCGGUGGCGUUGGCGGGGGAUUGUACGUGGGGGCAGGGGCGAGAGUGUCUCUGAAAGGGGCGAAUUUCGAAGGGUGCUACACGGAGAGGGAGGAGGGCGUGGCAGGGGGGUACGGCGGGUGCAUUGCUUCCUUCUCUGCGUCCAAUCUCACCAUUGAAGACUCGAGCUUCACUGGGUGCAAGUCGAUGGCAGGGGGGGCAAUCAACGAGUUCAACUCCUCAACCACCAUCGCCAAUACCACCUUCACUGCCUGCACAGCCGACCAGGGCGCCGACUUCUCAGUCUUCCCCUCGGGAGGCGCCAUUCUCUUCAACACCUCCCUGCUCAUGCACGUCCGGGACUCCUCCUUCCGCCGCUGCGUCUCGACUUUUACUGGCGGGGCGAUCAGUGUGCAAUCGGCCGUGGCGCCGCUGACAGUCAUGGGGAGUGUGUUUGAGGGGAACCAGGCGUUCAUGCAGGGGGGGUGCUUGGAGCUCAUUAUGCUGCCGGGGGUCACUCAGAUUCUGGACUGUCAAUUCAUCAACAACGUUGUGACCAACGUGCCAUCCUUCGCAGCAGCAGUGGUGUCCUACGGUGCAGCCCUCACAGUGCGCGCCUGCCUCUUCCACUCCAACGCCGCCUCGCCCAUGCCUGCUGGCGACGGCAGCGCGUCAGCCACGUACCUGUCGCAGGGAGCAGCGUUGAUGGUCUUUGCCUUCAUGGACCCCUUAUUCCCGAUUACCAUCGCUGAUUCGACCUUCAGAAACAACUCGGCGGGGCAGGGGGCUGCAGUGUAUCUGGACGCAGGCAAUGUGACUGUGACGAAUUGCUCCUUUAUAGAGAACGGCGACCACGGCAAUUCCAAGAUCGGUGGAGCCAUGGUUUCCCGUGCCACCACCGCGCUCACCAACUGCACGUUCCACGGCAACAGGGCGGCCAGCCAGGCGGGGGCGCUGCACUUCAUGCCGUACGGCCCGCUCACCAUCACCAACUGCUCCUUCUCUAACAACUCCGUGUUACUCGCCCAGGGCGGCGCAAUUAACGUCUACCCGGGCCUGUUACCGGUAUACAUAUCAGGCAGCCGGUUUGAGGGCAACAAGGCAGGGCUAUCCCGGGGAGGUGCUAUCUACAGCGAGAGCACGGAAAUGGUUUUUACAGACGUGGUCUUCCAGGGGAACGAGGCUGGUUUACAAGGCGGGGCAGUCACAGCCUACGGGGCGGAAUCUGAAGGAAAGCCUGCCACGGUGACCUUCACCAGAUGCACCUUCCAGGGCAACCGGGCGGCGCUGGGGGGAGGUGCUAUCUACUCGGGGCUGAGCGUGGGCAUGCGCAUGGAUGGGAGCCGAAUCGAGGAGAAUGAGAGUGCUGGCACGGGAGGGGGGAUACUCAUACAAGAGUUUUCCAAAGUGACUAUGACGAACUGUGACUGUGUGAACAACAGAGCAUCCACAGGGGGUGGUUGUCUCUGCCUCCUAGCCAACGCCACGGCCCACCUCUCCUCCUCCCGCCUCCAUCUCAACCGAGCCACCAGCGAAGGGGGCGCAGCCCGAAUCAGCGGUGCAGCCACUCUCUCCCUGCUCUCCUGCAACGUCUCUCAAAACACUGCCCCCUGGGGAGGCGCUGUGUGGGUGGAGAUGGAAGCAAGGCUCCAAGCGGAAAACAACAUGGUGUUUUCCGGGAACCGGGCGGAUUAUAUGGGGGGCGUGGUGUACGCGACGCAUGUAUCGGAUGUGACUGUAUCGAAUAGUUAUUUUCUUGGGAAUUACGCGCUGCAUGGGGGUGCGAUCGCGGCCGAAGCCGAGGCGAACGUCACGGCGGUUGACUCGGGGUUUUCUGGGAAUGCUGUAUCUGCGGUGCUGCUGCAAGGGCUGGCUGAUGGGCGCUUCACCAGAUGUACCUUCUCCCGGAACAGGAACCCAGCAGGGAAAGGUGGCGCGCUGCGAUUGGCCGACGGGGUUGCUGCGGUGGUGGAGGGGAGCAGGUUCGAGGGGAACGUGGCUGAGCUAGGCGGAGGCUUGGCGGUUGAUGGGCAGGCUCGGUUGGACCUAACCUCAGGUUCGGUAUUCAGUGGGAAUUCCGCUCAGGUGGGGGCAGGUGCGGCGUUUGUAGGGACAGCAAUUGUGAAUGUAUCGGGAUGUGCUUUCAAGGGGAAUAAUGCGAGUGUGGCGGGUGGGGGAGUGGCUGUGCUAGAGCAGGCGUCAGGAGGGGUGGGAGGGAGCGAGUUCAGUGGAAACUAUGCAGUGCUGGGCGGUGCGGGGAUGUAUGUGCUGCGAUCGCCUCUGGGGACCUCAGAGAACGGGGGAACAGCAGGAGCAGCAGGGGCGGCAGGGGUGGCAGGCACUGCUGCUGGAGCAGGAGGCUCAGGUGGAAAGUCAGGUGGAGGGCGCCAGUUGCAGCAGCAGGGGCAGCAGCCGGGGCGGCUGGUAGUGCGGCAGUUGGGCUUUGAGGGCAACAGUGCGCUGUACCGGCAGGCUGCAGCGUUCUUUGAGGCCACCACUCACGGUCAGCUGCGCUCGCAGUGCGAGGGGUGUGCGUUCCGAGGGGCGGGGGACACCCAGGGCACCAUGCCCGCUGGCUUCUCCAUCAAGUGGCCGGGCAGGGAGGAAGAUUCAAGCAUGGUGAAUGCAAGGGGGGAAACCUUUGUGGUGCGGGCGGCAGUGGGGGCGCGCAUAGAGGGGCUGCAGGUGCUUGUCCUGGACGCCCUCAACCAGAGCGUGGCGCAGGACAGCACGUCUCUGGCUGCCGUCUCGCCUGAUAGUAGGAUCAGUGGCGAUUUGAGGGGCACUGCUGCCAAUGGGAUCAUCACCAUUCCUUCAAUUGGUAUCCAGGUCACGCCAGAGGAAGCCCAGUCGUUCGAGGUCACUGUGAUCCUCUCCUCGCCUGCCAACGCCUUCCCGGCCGUGACCCGUGGCUUCAACAUCUCCUUUUGUUCCGCGGGCGAGUUCCUCAACGCGACCUCGCUCACUUGUCAGGACUGUCUGGUUGGGCACUGGUGCGAGGCGGGGCAGCCCAUGCAGCCCUGUCCAGACGGCUUCUUCUCAUUCUACCCGCGAGCCACCACCCCCUCCCAAUGCACCGCCUGCACCGAUGACAACCUCGACUGCACCUACGGCAUCCUCACCGUGGGGUACCAGAGCUGGCUGGACCUGCAGUCGCUGAAUAACACCCCUACCACGUACAGCUGUCUGGUGGCGGAUGGGUGUGUGGGGUAUGAGUACAACCAGCAGUGGGGGCAGACCACCCCGCAGGGGGACAUGAUCCAAUGCCAACAGGGCUACGACGAAAGCAUUCCCACGUGUGCAGGGUGUGAGGACGGCUACUUCCUCGUGCUCCAGCAGUGCACUCAGUGCAGCAGCACUCUCACAAGGGUAUUCCCACUCCUCCUCAUCCUGGUCAUCCUAGCAUGGAUGGGAAUGAACAUUCUCGCCGACACAUUCAGCAGCAUGGACAUUUUCCUGAACGACCUGCAGCUGCUAGUCAUGAUCGCCUCUUUCAACCUCAAUUACCCGGAUCGCUGGGUGCAGACGCUCGUGAAAAUCUACAACUUUGCAGUAUUUGACCCGGACGCCAUAGGCCCGCAGUGCAUAUUCAACUACACCUUCAUCUCCAAGUUCUACCUGGGCAUCUUCAUCCCCGUUAUAGGCCUCUUCGUUUACGCGCUGCUGUACGCGCGGCACCGCUGGUGGGGCGGCACGACCUGGUCGCACAUCUACUCGUGGACCCGCGGGCCCAACCCGCAGGCGCGCCUCAUGCGCUCAGUCACGCGGCGGCGGGCUUAUAACGAGUAUGAGAACUCGAUCGUGCACGCGUCGCUCAAGUGGCUGGACCUCUGCUACGUCUCGGUGAUGGUCCGCGUGCUGUCAGUGUACAAGUCAAUGACAGUGGGAGACGCAGUGCUGAUGGCAGCAGCGCCACAGAUAGCAUGGUUCUCAUCGGCGCACAUCGGCAUGUUCACCGUGUCGCUGCUCGUCUCUAUCAUCUACCUCCUCGGCCUUCCCCUCUUCUUCGCCUUCCUGCUGCUCGAUGCACACGCCUCCGAUGCCCUUUCCUCCAACCUCUUCCGACAAAGAUUUGGUUGGCUCACAGAGCGAUACAAGCGCGAAUUCUGGUGGUGGCAUCUGGUGACAAUGGUGCUGCGCCUGGUUCACGCCCUGGUACUCGUGUUCUUGCAGCAAGACACUCGCGCCCAGAUUGUCAUAAUCCUCCUGCUACAAGCCCUAAGGAUCGGAUCACAGUACAAGUCCUUGCCGCUCGCCUCCCUUUCCCUCGGUUGUCUCCAGGCCUUCCUCUCCUUGAGCCACUUCUUCUUCACCCUCGGCCUGCUCUGCUUUAACUACAUCAAAAUCCCUCCCCGCCUUCUCCCAGGCCGUCUUCGCGCUCUCCUCCCUCCUCAUGCCUUCCCCACUGCCCUUUCUCCUGCCUCCCGUCCCCUUUGGCAGAUUGUCAUAAUCCUCCUGCUACAAGCCCUAAGGAUCGGAUCACAGUACAAGUCGUCGCCGCUCGCCUCCCUUUCCCUAGAUUAUCUCCAGGCCUUCCUCUCGCUGGGCCACUUCUUCUUCACCCUCGGUCUCCUCUGCUUCAACUACAUCAAACUCCCCGCCUUCUCCCAGGCUGUCUUUGCGCUCUCCUCCCUCCUCAUCCUCGCUCCCGCUGCCUUCUCCCUCGUUUUCGAAGCAAUAAACAAGGACUUAGAAAUCGUGAAUCGGCAGCUGUUAAACCGAGUUUGGAAGGGCGAGCGGCGGAGAAAUAAAGCCAAGUAUGAUAAAAUGGACCCGUAUGACUUAGUCCCGCCGCAGGAGAUUUCCGCGUGGUUCCGCCCACACGUGGUCUUCCCGCUGCUCUUAGCUAAGCGUGCGCACGAGCGGAAACUUUUGCUGAAAGUCCGCGACCGCGUGCAGACGUGGGCAGGAGGAGCAGGAACAGGAGGAGGAGAAGGAGCAGCAGCAGCAGCAGCAGCAGCAGCAGCAGCAGGAGAAGGAGGAGGAGGAACCAACGCAGCAACGUCAGCGCAGCUGCUGUCAGCAAUGCCAUGGGCACCUCGCAUCGAGAGGCAUGUGAGCUGGGCGUCCUACGGCAGCAGCAGGGACUUCGACGGCAGCGCCUCCGGCCGAAACGCCGCCUCUGCUGCAGCUGCCGCCGCUGCUGCUGCUGCUGCUGCUGCUGCGUCGCCUGGGAUGUCUCCAUUCGCCCCUGCAACAGGGACUCCGGGUGGGGCUGGUCUCGCAAUGUCCCCGCUUUCUGGCAUGUCACCCAUACAUGGCAUGUCACCACUCUCAGGAGCAAACGGUGCUCUGGCUUCCAGCACGGUGCAUGGCAUGCAUGGUGCUGCUAGUGCUGCUGGUGCUGGCGGUGGGUCGCCCAUACACGGGGUGUCGUCGUCGCCGUCGCUGGCGCUGCAUGGCAUGUCGCCGCUUGCCCCAGCAGCAGCAGGAGGACCGGGUGCAUCCCCCCUGUCUCGUGUCUCGGGUCCUGGAACGGACGUGGAGGGAGGAGGAGAGUCCCCACUCUCAUGGGCGCUGCAAGGUGGAGGAGGAGGAGCAGGAGGAGGAGGGGCAGGAGGAGCAGGAGCAGGAGGAGGAGGAGGAGAAGGAGGGGGAGGAGGAGGAGAAGGAGGGGGAGGAGGCAUGGAGAAUGGAGGGAUGGGGCAAGAGAGGGCAGAGAGCAUCAAGGUGCAUGGGCUGGUGUCAUGGGCACAGGCAGGUAGCGAGGGUACUGGGGGUGGGGAGAAGUUUGAGAGGCUGGGUGGUGAUGGCGGGCAGGGAGGCCAUGGGGGAGGAGGAAGAAAUGGAGGAGGGAUCGAGGUUCAAAGAGAAGGGGAGGGGGUAGUGGAAGGCGAAGCAGGGGCAAGGGGCGGAGGAGGAGAGGGAGGAGCAGGGGGAGAAGCAGGGGGAGAAGCAGGGGGAGAAGGAGGGGGGGAGGGAGGGGGAGUGGAGUAUGUAGAAGCAAAGAUGAACAUGGCAGAGCUGACUCUCACCUUCCAGCGCCAUCUCUCUGUGCUCGUGCGCGCUGAGAAGACCAAGAAGGACGGGUCCCUGCGGCUGCUGCUGCAGUCCGAGUGCAUUCCGGACAUCCUCAGCUGGCUCACCAGCUCUGACUGCGCCCAGGCAGAUCAGAUGCUUUUAAGGGAGCUGGUGCUGGCUGUGCGGGUCGCAGCACUGGAAGAAACCGGUGGGCUGGACUGGUUCUGGGGCAUGCGGUGCUUCUACCGCGACCCGCAACCCUCCUCUCUCCCUUCCCCCAUCCACACAACCCACACACCCCCUCCACUGCAGCGCCCAGGCGGAUCAGAUGCUUUUAAGGGAGCUGGUGCUGGCGGCGGAUCAGAUGCUUCUAAGGGAGCUGGUGCUGGCGGUGCGAGUGGCCGCACUGGAAGAGACCGUGCCCAGGCGGAUCAGGUGCCUCAAAGGGAGCUGGUGCUGGCGGUGCGAGUGGCCGCACUGGAGGAAACCGGAGGGCUGGACUGGUUCCGCGGCGUGCGGUGCUUCUACCCACCCCUCAACCCCCUCCAUUUGCACCCCUCGUCCCCCCCACUCUGUCUCCCUUAUCGGGUGCAGCGCCCAGGAGCUAGUUUUGGCAGUGCGGGUUGCAGCAUUGGAGGAGACCGGAGGGCUGGACUGGUUCCGCGGCAUGCGGUGCUUGUGCUCACCCCUCUCCUCUCCCUCCUUACUGGAUGCAGCGCCCAGGCAGAUCAGAAGCUGCUGAGGGAGUUGGUGCUGGCGUGUCCAGGCAGAUCAGAUGCUGCUGAGGGAGUUGGUGCUGGCGGUGCGAGUAGCAGCUCUGGAGGAGACUGGCAGACUGGACUGGUUCCCGCCCAGGCAGAUCAGAUGCUUUUAAGGGAGCUGGUGCUGGCAGUGCGAGUGGCAGCUCUGGAGGAGACAGGUGGGCUGGACUGGUUCCGCGGUGUGCGGUGCUUGUACUCACUCCUCCCAAUCCUUCCUUUCUCCCUUCGCCUCUGCAGCGCCCAGGCGGAUCAGAUGCUUUUAAGGGAGCUGGUGCUGGCGGUGAGAGUGGCAGCGUUAGAAGAGACCGGCGGGCUGGACUGGUUUCGCGGUGUGCGGUGCUUCUAUCGCAACCGGUUCGCGUUCGUUAACAAGGGGGGGAGCAAGGGGAAGGGGGGGAAGGGUGGGGAGGGGGGGAAGAGCGGGGGAAAGGCCAAGGGUUUGGAGGGGGGGACGGGUGGGGGGGAGAACGGUCGGGGGGGGGGAGAACAGUCGGGCUGGUGA